AUGGACGAGCGUGAUAAAGAGAAAACUGCCUUUUCUGUUGGUAAUCUUGGUUUUUGGGAGACCAACAGAAUGGGGUUUGGUCUCUGUUUUGCUGGUGCUACGUUCCAAAGAAUGAUUGAAAAAUGCAUGGGGGAUAUGCAUCUAAGAGAAUGUCUUAUUUUUCUCGAUGAUAUCCUCAUAUUCUCUCGUACCUUUGAUGAACAUCUUACAAGGUUGGAAUCUGUUUUCGCCAGACUUGUACAACAUGGCCUCAAACUAAAAUCUUCCAAGUGCGAGUUUUUUAAGACAUCUGUGGCAUAUUUAGGACAUGUAGUGUCUAAGGAGGGCAUAGCUACAGACCCUGAAAAGGUCUGCAGUCAAGAAUUGGCCUCGACCUCAGAACUUCUGGCUUACGCUGAUAUCUCUAAGCCAUUCAUCCUCCACACUGAUGCUAGCAUCCUAGGUUUAGGUGCUGUGCUAUAUCAGAAACAUGAGGAUGACGAAAGGGUUAUUGCGUACGCAAGUCGUGGUUUACGGCCUAGUGAGCGGAAUUACCCGGCACACAAGCUUGAGUUUUUGGCACUGAAAUAUGCUCUAGCCAUACCCUGUAAAAACCAGAAAGCCUACACCACAGCUAAAGCACUCUAUGAGAAGUUCAUAGUGUACUAUAGUUUCCCAGAAAGGCUCCAUAGUGAUCAGGGCCGUAACUUUGAAAGCGAGGUUAUCAAGCAGCUUUGCAAAGUGGCCGGGGUUAAGAAAACUAGAACAACUCCAUACCAUCCCAUGGGAAAUGGUUCAGCUGAGAGGCUCAAUAAAACACUCAUAGGGAUGCUAGCUACCCUAGAUGAGUCCCAGAAAAAGGAUUGGAGGUCCUAUGUAGCACCAAUGGUCCAGGCCUAUAAUGCAACCCGAAACGAUGCCAAGGGGUAUUCUCCACACUUUCUUAUGUUUGGGUGGCACCCCAGGUUAUCGGUGGACGCUUUCUUAGGAACUGACCCUGGUCAGCAGGGUGCAGUUAAUCCGAGAUCCUAUAUCGGAAAACUCCGGAAUAGGAUGGAUGUAGCUUAUAAAGCUGCUCGAAAUGAGGCUAACAAGAAUGCUCAACAGAAUAAAGUACGGUAUGACCGGAAGGUUCGAGAUUCUAAGUUAGAGGUCGGAGACCGAGUCCUUGUCAGGAAGGUAGGUCUGAAAGGGAAAAACAAACUAGCUGACAGGUGGGAGCAGGAACCCUGUGUGGUGAUUAAUAUCCCCAACAGUGAUAUCCCUGUGUAUAAGGUGACAAAUGAAGGGUCAAGAGGUAAGAGUCGUACCUUGCACCGUAACAUGUUGCUACCUUUUAACUCCAUUCCAUUGGAAGUUCCCCCUAAGGUGCCUGUUCGAAAGCUCGGGCCAACCAAACAGCUAGUUAGCCCUGACCUAACAUCCUCAUCAGACUCCGAUACGGAGACCGAGUUGCUUCCAGUAGAGAAAUCGAGCAGGGUUCAGACACGUUUGAGCCUGAGGGCAGUAUCAUCACACCAGAUCCGGAGUCGGAUAUACAAGUAA